AUGCACCAAGAGACCAAAGUGAAGAAAGAAGCACAAGUGAGAGUACAGGAAGAGUGCCAGAACGACUCCACAGGUCUUGACAGGGAUUCUACAAUAAUGGACAAACAUCCAGUGAAGGCAAUUGUGCUGCAAAAGGAAAUUGGCCUGCUGAGCGCCGUCUGUUUGAUCGUCGGCAACAUGAUCGGCUCAGGCAUCUUCAUCUCCCCAAAAGCGGUCCUGUUCUACUCAGGAGCUGUGGGGCCCUGCCUCCUCAUAUGGACUGCCUGUGGAGUGUUAGCCAUUCUGGGAGCGCUGUGCUACGCCGAGCUGGGCACCAUGAUCUCAAAAUCCGGGGGGGCGUAUUAUUAUCUGAUGGAGGCUUUUGGCUCCCCGGUGGCCUACCUUUACUCGUGGACCACCGUGAUUGUAGUCAAGCCCGCGGCGUUUUCCAUUCUCGCCCUGAGCUUUGCCGAGUACGCUUCAGCUCCUUUCUUUCCUGGAUGCAACCUUCCUGUUAUGGUCACCAAGUGUCUGGCGGCUGCAACCAUAGUUUUCAUUGUGACCAUCAACUGCUUCAGUGUCAAACUAGCGAGUUACGUACAAAACAUCUUCACUGCGGCCAAACUUUUAAUCAUCCUCAUCAUAGUGGGAGCAGGCAUUGUUUUAUUGGUAGAAGGAAAAACAGAGAACUUAUCAAAUACAUUUGAUGGCAAGUCAGUGUCUGUUGGAGGAAUUGGAUUUGCGUUUUAUAGUGGACUCUGGGCCUAUGAUGGAUGGAGUCAACUGAAUUUUAUCACAGAGGAGCUGAAAAACCCUGUCAGGAACAUGCCAUUAGCUAUCAUCAUUGGGAUCCCCUUGGUGGCAGUGUGCUACGUGAUGACCAACAUCGCUUAUUUCACAGUCUUGAGCAGAGAUGAAAUAUUGCGUUCCCCAGCGGUAGCUGUGGCUUUUGGAGACAAAGUCUUUCACUCUAUGUCGUGGAUCGUUCCGUUUUUUGUCCUCUUUUCCACAUUUGGCUCGGCCAAUGGCAGCUGCUUCACUGCAGGCAGGUUGGCCUAUGUAUGUGGGAGAGAAGGUCACAUGGUGGAAAUUUUAUCUUAUAUUAGUGUGAGGCGCUUAACCCCAACCCCAGCUCUUAUGUUUAACGGUUUUCUGGCUAUUUUAUACAUAAUUCCAGCAGACAUCAACACCCUCAUCAACUACUUCAGCUUUGCUCAGUGGUUUUUCUGCGGCCUGACCAUAUUGUCUCUUAUUGUCAUGCGUUUCACUAAGAAGGAGCUGAAAAGACCAGUCAAGGUCCCCAUCAUAAUCGCUGUCCUAAUGGUGCUGGUCAGUUGCUACCUGGUCCUGGCCCCCAUCAUUGACAAUCCCAACAUUAAGUUCCUCUACUGCGCUAUCUUCAUUCUUAGCGGGCUCCUCCUGCACUACCCCUUUGUCCAUCUGAAGGUCAAGUGGGCACGCAGACUCAUGAGGCCCAUCACCAAAUAUCUGCAAAUCCUGAUGGAAGUUGUUCCUCCUGAGAAAUUUGAGUGA